AAGAGGAACUAUGAUAGGGACACUUUCCACUUGCCCUAAUGGACACUCUUUCCAGUGGGAGAGCCAGCAGUGUCAUUAUGGAAUGCCAUGGUCUAGCAUUCUUGUAGCCAGUGCCAUAGUGUUUAGUGGAUCCAAUGUAUCCAAGAGCUUAUGUCUCUUUAGACAUUUAAAACUCACCAUGAUGUCAACAUCAACCUUUAACUGGAUUCAGUCUGCCUAUGUGAUUUCAGCCUCACCUUUUACUUGGGAUUUUCAACAGGAAGAGCUUCUUCGAAACAGUGAAGGAAGGGUCCUAACACUAGGAGGUGAUGCUAGGUGUGAUUCCCCUGGAUUCUCAGCAAAGUUUGGAUCCUAUACACUCAUGGAUUUGGAGACAGGAAAAAGUAAUGAAGUACCUGGGUCCACUCAUAUGGAGUUGGAGGGUUUGAAACGCAGUCUUCUUAGACUUUGUAAUGCUGGACUUCAUGUCCAAACCCUGGUUACAGACAGAUACGGUAUGAUGAAGAAAUACAUGAGGACAGAACACCCAGACAAAAACCAUUUCUUUGAUGUCUGGCACAUGGCUAAAGAAGUGUCAAAGAAGUUAGAGGCAGCAGUCAAGAAGAGAGAUUGUCAAAACAUCAGGCCAUGGGUCAAAAGUGCAGUCAACCACUGUUACUGGGUGGCUGUCUCUAGCGGGGAAAAUGGGGAACUCAAAGAGCAGAAGUGGGCAUCACUGACCCAACAUAUUGCCAACAAACAUGAAAGUUGUGAACAUGGAGUAUUGGCUGAAGACAAGCUUUGGCUUAAAGAAGGUUCAAGGGCCCACAAGCUUUUUCGAGAAGUGGUGGAGAGUAAAUUUCUGUUGAAGGACAUUGGCAAGUUAUCCCCACUUCAUCAGACAUAUGGACUGGAGGUUUACCAUAGUGUGGUCAACAGUUUUGCUCCAAAGAACACACACUUUUUUUAUCCUGCAAUUAUGGCCAGGUAG